AUGAAGAAGAUGUACCUGCUGUCCUCCUUGAGCCGCCCGCAGGAGGGGAACGCGGGGUGGCCCCAGGCGCCCAGGUGCACGCUGAGCAGCGAGCGAGUCCUUCUUCAAGCUGCCGGCUUUCACCACCCACACCUGGUGCACCUUCACCAGAUAGGGCGCCUCGUCUCCGGGCUCGGCGGCGCGGGGCCCGUGGGCCAGGAGGGCAUGUGCCCCCCUGCUGCUGCCGCGGCGGGUGCGCAUUUCCUUCCAUCACCACCGCGGCGCGCUGAGCCAGCUCCUGCACUGAGCCCACGCUGGGCGGGGACGCCUAGCACACUGAGGCCCCCGCGGGAGCCGCCUCCUCGCCGGCGGCCGCCCCCCGGCGCCACGGCCGCGGUCCACAGCAGCGGCAGCGGCGGGGCCGGGGCGCGUGACCCAGUGACCGGUCGUCCCGGAGCGGUGCGGGGCGCGUCGCCGUCUCAGGGUGCGAGGUGCGUGCGGGCUCCUGGCUGUCGGUUCGGACUCUCCAGCCACAACAUGUUUAACGGCCAGUCUCUUGAGCAUAUAAAGAGGGGCAUGGGUUCAUCCCUGGUGGAGAACUAAGAUCCCACAUGACGUGCGGC